AAUGGUCUGAUUCGUCAAAACAGGUCGGUUUCAACUUCAGUCUUCAUCUUUUCUUCUUCAAAAUCACACAAAUAUCUUCAUUGAAUCGCAUCAUUUUUUCACCAGUCAAGAAUUCAUCUUUUUGGCUACAUAGCUUCAGAGAUUGGUGAUUGAAUCUUUCACCUCAGAGAUCUUUUUUCUUGCAUGAUGGAGAAGGAAAGCUUUGAUGAGAAGAAAAGCACCGCCCAUCCAGUUUCUCACGAGGACACAUCGGUGAGUGUGGAUAGCCCUGUCGCCUCAGUGAAGGAAGACACGCCUGACAUUCAAGCGCUCAACUUGGGUAAAGAAAAGGAGCUGGAUGAUAUAAAAGAACAAAGUGGUGAAAUAGCGGGGCAGAAAAUAUCAGGAAACUUGGAAGAAGGAGGCAUUGCUGAUCAUUCAGAGGUGGCUAAGAAGAACCCGGAGGAUGUUCUAUACGAGGAGGAAGAGGAGCCCGUGUUUGAUGGGACUGAGGUUCCGGGUAUGGAAGGUAAAAGGAGCUUAUCUUCAAGGUCCUCGGAUAAUAACUCUGAAACACAUGGGCCUGCUUGGCCCGACAAAGCUGUUGCUCUCUCGCAAUUUGUGAAGCAGAAGAGCAUAGGCGCAAUGUCUACUGUUUUCCGUCGUCUCUCUGGUAAAAGCAAUGAUGGGUUGGAUGUUGCUGAUGACGAUCUAAGUAAGGAGGGUAAAGAUUCAUUGCCAGAGAGUGUAGGGCAAAAGGUCCCCCUAAAAUCACCCGAGGGAUCCGGAUGGAACCCUCUUAGCCUUAUUGGCAGAGAAAACAAGUCCGGAAAAGAGGAUUCUGUUGAAGAGUUAACGAAGCCGGUUUCCAUGAAAGGUAGAAUUAUCUUUUACACGAGGUUAGGAUGCCAGGAUUGCACAGAAGCAAGGAGGUAUCUGCGGACGAAAGGGCUCAAGUACGUUGAGAUCAAUAUUGACGUUUACCCGUCAAGAAAGCUAGAGCUAGAAAAGAUUGUUGGAUCUUCAGCUGUUCCUAAAGUUUUUUUUAACGACAUCUUGAUUGGUGGGCCGAGUGAGCUGAAGAAGUUAGAGGAUUCCGGUAAACUUGAAGAGAAGAUGGAGUAUGUUUUCAGUGAAGAACCCUCGUGUGAAGCCCCAUUGCCACCUCUAUCCGGUGAAGAUGACCAAUCGAGUGGUGGAGCUAUUGACGAGCUUGCUCUUAUUGCUCGGAAAAUGAAAGGUUUGAUAUCCAUAAAGGAUCGGUUCCAUAAAAUGCGCAGGUACACGGACUGUUUCCAAGGCAAGGAUGUGGUAGAUUUCUUGUCGGAAGAUCAGUAUUUGGAAAGGGCAGAAGCUGUUGAGUUCGGCCGUAAGCUUGCAGACAAACUCUUCUUCCAGCACGUUGCUCAUGAAAACAUAUUUGAAGACGGAAACCACUUGUACCGUUUCUUGGAUGACGAUCCUGUCAUCUCCCGGUGCCAAAAUAUCCCACGAGGCAUCACUGAAGUGAAACCAAAACCCAUCACAGAUAUCUCCUCGAGGCUUAGGCUUUUGCUAUCUGCCAUAUUAGAAGCUUAUACUUCCGAAGAUGGAAAGAGUGUUGAUUACACGAGCAUCCAUGGGAGUGAAGAGUUCGCGAGGUACUUGAGGAUAGUUGAAGAGCUUCAGCGCGUGGAGUUGCACGAGGUUCCUCGAGAGGAGAAGCUAUCCUUCUUCAUCAAUCUUUACAACACGAUGGCCAUUCACGCCAUACUGGUGCUCGGCCCUCCCACCGGAGCACUUGACAGAAGAAAGUUCCUCGGAGACUUCAAAUACGUUAUUGGUGGAUCAGCAUACUCUCUCUCAGCUAUCUACAACGGCAUUUUGAGGGGUAACCAAAGACCACCGUACAAUCUCACCAAGCCAUUCGGAGUGAAAGAUAAGCGAUUAAAGGUAGCUCUUCUGUAUGUAGAGCCUCUCGUUCAUUUUGCACUGGUUUCUGGCACCCGAUCAGGGCCACCCCUCCGAUGCUACUCCCCAGGAAACAUCGACAAAGAGCUGGUCGAAGCUGCUUGUAGUUUCCUCAGAAACGGAGGACUAUACGUUGAUUUGGUCACCAAUGUUGCAUAUCCUAGCAAGAUACUGAAGUGGUAUAGCGUAGAUUUUGGGAAGAACGAGGUGGAGGUACUCAAGCAUGCCGUAAACUACAUGGAGCCAGGCGACUCUCAAGCGUUGCUUGACGUGCUUUCGAACACUCAACUCAAAGUGAUCUACCAACCUUAUGAUUGGGGACUCAACAACUAGCAUCUCCAUUCUUGUCUUUCCUUCUUUCGCUCGCCUGGAGUCGAGCACGAACGUGUAAAUGGCGUCCCUCUCGAGGCGAUGGGCGCAUACGUGGUCGGCAAACUCGAGAGUUUUUGAUCAUCUAAACAUGGAAAGGGUUACUUGUGAGAAAUAAUCAAUAAUGUAAGAAGAUACAGUUCCACUGGUGGAUUGGUACUUAUAUUUUGCCUUUUCAAAUCAUGAUUUAUUUGUUUUGAUA